AUGGCGGCAGUCGACUUGUCUGACCUAUCAGUAUUGUCUACCUCACCGAAUGGCGCCGACUCGACACCUCGGCGGUCAAAUACGCCCGCUCCUCCUCCUCGACUCCGCCUCGAAGACCAGCACUUCUGCGUGCUAGGCGGUGGAACAGGAUGCAAUGCGGUCCUUGGAGCAUUCAAUGGAUCGAUGGUGUCGUACUGCUUGCCGGUAUCGGACGACGGAGGAAGCAGUAGCGAGAUUCAGCGGGUCCUGGGCGGUCCAGCACUAGGCGACAUCCGCUCACGUCUCAUCCGCCUUAUCCCACCAAGUCCCGCCGGCUCCCCUCUCGACUGCAUUCGCCGCUUACUCGAGUAUCGGCUACCGGGCGGCGAGGGCACGUCUCAUUCAGCUGUCAAACAGGAGUGGGGAGACAUUGUCGAGGGAACGCACAGGCUAUGGCGGGGCUUCAACUUCAAGAAGGCCUCGAUCGGCAACUUAUUCCUCAGCGGAGCGUCCCUCUUCCUCGGCUCCGUUCCCUCGGCCAUUUUCCUCUUCGUCUCGGUGACGGGCAUCUCGCAAGACUCGAUCCGCGUCAUUCCCGUCAUCAACACAAGCUCGACGGUCACUAUCGCUGCCGAACUCGAAGACGGCUCGAUCAUCGCCGGUCAGAGCGAGAUCUCGCAUCCGUGUGGACCUGACAAUGCUCUCUCGACGAAGGAGACUGUCGGAGGAGCGGGCCUGCGAGCGGAAGCGGUCUUUCCCCUCACCCGCGCAACGACACCUUCUUUCCCCGAACCGCCAGUACUCGGCGCAGAAGAAGACGAGGACCACGCGCCCCUACCGCUAUCACCGGAAUUCACCCUCUCUGUCUCGCCCGAUGCCGACAUCAUCUCUCCCUCGCCACUGUCGCCUAUCGCAACCCGCUCGCGGAACCUCGAGUUCACGAAAGACGCCUCCGAGAUCCCACCUCUUCCCUCUCGUAUCCGCCGGAUCUUCUACCUCUCGACUCACGGCCUGGAGAUUCACCCCCGGCCAAACUCGACCUUCCUCCAAUCCCUCCGCGACGCCUCAAUCCUCGUCUAUGCACCUGGCUCGCUCUACACCUCCAUCGUCCCAUGUCUCGCACUCAAGCCAGUCGGAGAACUCGUUGCGCGGGGAAACAUCGCCAAAAAGGUCCUGUUGCUCAAUGCGACGGACGACCGCGAGACGCCUGACUACGAUGCCGUGGACUACGUGUGGGCGUUGGCAGAGACAUGUGGCAGGAGCUUUGCGGAAGGGCAGAGGCAGUGCGAGCCAAAGGACGUCGUUACGCAUCUGGUUUACCUGCGGAACGGCAAGGUCGAGGUCGACGAGGGUGUCUUGCGGUCCCUGGACAUCCAGCCUGUCGCGGUCGGACCGACUCAGGACGGCCUCUUCGACGACGAGGUGGUCAAGGAGGCUCUCGCGCGGAUCAUGGCGGCGUAG